UAGAUUAAUCCCCAACACUGCAUCCCGACGCUGGUCGAUAACGGCUUCUCUCUGUGGGAGUCUCGUGCGAUUUGCACGUACCUCGUAGAGAAGUACGGCAAGGACGAAAAGCUGUAUCCUAAGGACCCGCAGAAGCGUGCUGUGGUCAACCAGCGGCUGUACUUCGACAUGGGCACGCUGUACCAGCGGUUCGCGGACUACUACUACCCGCAAAUCUUCGCCAAACAACCGGCAAACCCGGAGAACGAGCAAAAGAUGAAGGAUGCUGUCGGGUUCCUCAACACGUUCCUCGAGGGGCAAAAGUACGUCGCGGGCGACAACCUGACGGUGGCCGAUCUGAGCGUGCUGGCCACUGUUUCGACGUACGAUGUGGCCGGAUUUGAUCUGUCCAAGUACCCGAACGUGGCCACGUGGUACGCGAGCACGCGUAAGGAAGCGCCAGGAGCCGCACUUAACGAGGCUGGUAUUGAGGAGUUUAAGAAAUACUUCUCUAAGUAAGCUUUCGGGAGUCAGUGUGGAGUGAAACAACAAUAAAAUG